ACCGCAAUCCUCCUGAUCUCUGCCUCCUGAGUAGCUAGGCUUACAGGCGUGAGCCACCAGUGCCUGGCUCCAUUUUCAUGUUCAUGAUGACUUUCCUUACUUUCCUGGGUCCUGUCAGGUCAGUGAGGUCUUGCUGUAGCCUCCUCCCUGGGCAUUUGUUCAUGCUGGUCCUUCACUAUGUCUGUGUUCUAUGGUGAAACGUGUUUCAGUUCCUCACACACACCGUGACAACAUUGCAUCAACAUGUCUUCUUCACAUGCUGACACAUUUCUCUCUCUAUGCUGAGGCUACUCAUCCUGUAGGAUCCAGUCUGCUUCGUAAGAAACAUGGUGCUCAUGUGCUCUUUUGGUCUGUGGUGUUUCUUCAUAUUAUGUUGGAGGACAUGCAUUAUGACUACAUUGGAAGUAUCUGAAACACUAUUCAAGUUAUUGUAAGUGUGUAAAAAAAAAUCGUGUGCAGUAGUGUGAACCCACUUUCUGUGAUUUUAUAAAAAUGAGCCAAACUAGUGCUGCAAGCCAAUUUUGUAUUUAGUCUAUUGUUAGAAAGUGGAACAACGUCUUCGUAAACAGCUUUCUGAAGAUGUGAAGAUGAUGGCUAACAUUAGUUCAUGGCAGUGUGUUUAAGUCAUAUUUCCGCUGCAUUUCUGCCCUGUUGUCUGAGGAGGGAUGGAGUAGUGCUGGGUUCAGUGAGGCAUCACACAGCCUGCUCUGUUGGAACUGAACAGUGGUGACAGAUGGUGUGUGUUGCCGGUGCUGGCCUCCCUGCACCUGUCUGGGCUACAUUUUUUAAAGUGCAGAGCUGUUUUCCCACUUUUCUUAAUGGUUCCUCACCCUGACCUGCUUGAGCUCCCAGUGUCCCCCAGUUGUUCCCUCACUUUUCCAAGCCCCUGGUGCCCCUCAGUUCUGCCUCUCCUCUGUUCCUGUCACAGUGCCUGUCAUCCAUCACUGUGUUUCUUCUUGGGCUGCUGUGUUCACAAGCCCCAUGCUCUCACCCAGCAGCUCUUGCUGUGCUCUGCAAAUCUUCCUGGCCCACCUCAGUGUGGAGUAGCAUGGAGCAGUGCCCCCACCAGGAUGUGCUCACAUCAUAGUGUCUGGCUUGGAACUGCGCUGGCUCUGUCUGUGACAGCAUUAUUUUCACAAUCAUCCUACUGUUCAUAGAGAACAAGGUCCAGAUACCAGUAUGCUCACGAUUCUUGUAGCCCUCUGGGAUUUGAUUGCCUAAGAAUGAAACCAGGUGGUUACAACUGCUUAUGAGAACCUUAAGACCACCGUACACAAGUCCUCAUGUUUGCGCUGGUUACCAUUUCUGAGGAGCAUGACAGGCAGUGGGGCGCUCUCUUCACGUCCUUCCCUCUUUCCAGAGGAGCUGAUCCCGAGAUACCUUGCCGAGCUCCAGAGCCCAGAGGCGAUGACUCGCUGUGGCUUCUCAUCAGCCCUAGGCACCCUCCCAGACUUCCUUCUGAGGGGCCGCUUGCAGCAGGUCCUCACAGGUCUGAUAGCAGUCACCCGCAUUUCUCCCAAGGAUGUGAGCUUUGCUGAAGCUCGGAGGGACGGCAUGAGGGCGAUCUCCAGGAUUUGUCAGACUGUCGGUGUGAAAGAAGAUGGGACCCCAGAUGAAGCCAUGUGUAGAGAGAAUAUUUCUGAGGUUUAUGCUGCGCUGCUGGAUGGCAUGGAUGACUACACCACAGACAGCAGAGGGGACGUGGGGUCCUGUGUCCGUGAGGCCGCCAUGACCAGCCUGAUGGACCUGACACUUUUGUUGGCACAGACGCAGCCUACGUUGAUUGCAGCCCCUGUGUGUGAGCGCAUCAUGUGCUGUGUGGCUCAGCAAGCAAGCGAGAAGAUAGACCGGAUCCGCGCCCAUGCCGCCCAUGUGUUCCUGACCCUCCUGCACUUCGACAGCCCUCCCAUUCCCCAUGUGCCCCACCGGGGAGAGCUGGAAAAGCUGUUUCCCAGGUCCGACAUGGCCUCUGUGGACUGGAAGGCGGCUUCCCAGGCCUUCCCUCUCAUCACCCAGCUCCUGGGGCUGCCUACUUACCGCUACUAUGUCCUACUAGGGCUGGCUGUAUCUGUAGGUGGCUUGACCGCCUCAACGAUCAGGCAUUCCACGCAGAGCCUCUUUGAGUAUGUGAAGGGAAUUCAGAGUGAUCCGCAGGCCCUGGGGAACUUCAGUGAGACCCUUCUGCAGGUCUUUGAGGACAACCUCUUGAACGACAGGGUGUCCGUGUCAUUGCUGAAGAUGCUGAACCAGCUGCUGGCCAACGGGUGCUUCGACAUCUUCACCACUGAGGAGAACCACCACUUUUGUGUGAAGCUGCUUGAGCUUUGUAAGGAAGAAAUCAAGAAGUCAAAAGACAUCCAGAAACUUCUGUCAAGCAUCUCAGUGUGAGUUUUAAGUGCCUCUGGCCUGAGCAGCCAAUGAAAGGGGUUUGGUGGCUCCAGGUGGGAGGUGUAGUUCUAAUCACAAAACUGUCUAAGAUCACAUGUUCUAAUGUCUAUUUAAGACAAUGGUAACAAAAGGUAAGAAUACCCCAGGGGUGCUAUCAGCAGUGGCAACUAAAGAGGGUACCGCCAGAAGUGGCCAGAGUGCAAUCCCUCCCUGUGGGCAGGGGAAGUCAUGACAGGAAGGGGGAGUGUGCAUCCAGCUGCCAUCCUUAUUUGAGGCAAAUGCAGUUCUCUUGACACACACUGAUUGUCUCAGGUACCUCAAUCUUCAGAACUCAGGUGGAUGGUCCCCCAGGACAUACUGGCCUUUGGUCAGACACCUUUAUGGGCCCACAGACACCUAAGGGCCAGGGAUCAUUGUGGGAAGUUGGGCACCUUGCUGAUCUU